GGCAUGCCAACAAAUCGCCAACGACGAAACAGAAGAUAGGUGACUUGUCGAGUUUGAUAAAUGAUCCUGAUAUAGAUGACAGUAAGUAAUAUUUACUAACUGACAGUGACACUAAGUGACAAAGAUAAUCAGUAUGGUAAUAACAUUGAUCCUGUUUCAAAAGUUAUAAAACUUAAGCCACACAUUAGACAGUUGCAGAAAAUUCACAAGCUGGUCGAAAUACAACAUCUUCGUUAUUUUUUCAGAAGAUUUUUCUGGCUUAGCGUCCUGAAAAGAGGUUUAAAAAGGAUCAAAUUUCAGCCAUAUCCUCUGCGAAUCAACUCCGAUUUUACAUAUUCUUUUAAGAUAUAAACUUGAGAUAAGAAGCUUCAACACGCCUGAGUUCGUAGGUGUUGGCAGCAAAUCGACAAAAGAUAUUCAUAUUUGAAAUUUUGUGUACAUUAAAGUAAUCAAAAGCACGCGCAUUAUCGAUAAUAAAUUCUCUCUGACAGCAAAAUGCACACUAAAUCCGUACUCAGAGUGAUAUUGUACAUAUCUAUUAAAUUAGUUUGUAUUCACACUAAAAAUGUUCAGAAAAAUGGCCACAAGAACUAGGCAUAUCAAAAUCUACUUUUUCUUCUAUUUUCGCCAAAGACUUGCUUGCCCCAGGCUACUUCCGCAUCACACGUCGAUCAGCGCGCGCGCGCUCGUUGCACGACCCUGUAUAUAAGCGCCCUGGAAUUUCGAGUGAAUUACUGCUUCUGGCAGGAAUCGAAAAGAAAAUUUCCAUCUACGAAACUCUUCAAUUGACAGUGGUGUCUAUUCAUUGACUAUAUCUUUCUGUCAUGUUUCGCUCGCUACUCUGGUUUAAAUAAAUGAUUACAAAGCCCAGUCGAAUUGUAAUCAAGACCCAACGUUUCGACACUCCAGUCUAGUGUCUUCAUCAGGAAUAUAUGCAUCUCAUUGGCAGGUGACGUCAUCCCUUGGGUAUUUGAGAAGCCACGAUUGCAAUUUUAGAUCACCCCUGAUGAAGACACUAGACUGGAGUGUCGAAACGUUGGGUCUUGAUUACAAUUCAACUGGGCUUUGUAAUCAUUUAUUUAAACCAGAGUAGCGAGCGAAACGUGACUGUCGUUGAAGUUUAGUGAACUAAAAUUACCCUGUUUAAUCAUGCCAAAAUAAUUUAUUUUACUGAAACUAAACUAGAAUUAAACUCAAAACACCAUACUAAAACAAAAACAACUGCAGGUUUUUGGAUAUUCCAGUUCCUCCUCUGGUAACAUUGGGUGAAUAAGGUAUAAGCUUUUACUGGACGUCUUGGGGGAAAGUUUACAACGGAUAAAUCUAUCUAGAAAAUAAAAUUGGUGAAGAUUCCUUAUGCAGUAAUGCUGGACAGAUAAGAGAAUAAGAGAUGACUCCCAACGGACCUCAAGGCAGUUUCAAACUAAUAGAUCUAUUAUACUACAUUACCUGUAUAGUAAUUAAUCGCUUUAGCCUUUGCAAAUUUACAAGAAAGUAAACACAAAAUAAUUUUCUAAUUUCCAGAUGUGAAAAAUGGGAAUCUUUUGGGUACUAUCACAGAGACAGACAAAGAGACUGCGGAAUAUAACGGGAAUGAUGCGGACACUUCGAGCGGAACAUUAGAAAUGCCAAGUGGCGAUGCCUCUGGUCUUCUCACGACACAGACAACUACAGAUAGUGAGAAAACCCAACCCGAUCAGUGCGAUAGUAGUUUCUCCACAAUGUCAUCCGAAGUAGGAUCUCCUAACUUGUCUCUGACUGAAGGCAGUGGAUUGAAGGAGAGUCUGUCUGAAUCUUAUGUAAAACUUCCAAAUUAG